AUGGGGAGCAUUUUUGCAGAUUUCCACCAGGCUCAAAGGAACGGGGACGGCCGCCUCCUUGCUUCCUGCCUGGCUCCAUUAGACACCCCCCAAGACCCUCGUCGACUGCAGUCGUUUGCUCAGCUGUCUAAUUAUCAGGAAAUAUCGGCUGCCGUCCGCUAUUAUCUGGUACAGGACCCUAACUCUGUGGGUUUACCAAAAGCCGAGGCAAAUGCCUGGGUCGACAUUUUCGUCGCUUUAUGGAAGACCGUGAAAGAGCUCGUGGGCCUACGAGCGGGCAAUGGCACGGGCGACUGGGUGAGGGCCUUUGACUCGUACAAGGAAUUAUGCAACCAGCUUGUCAGAGGCUACACCAACUAUGGGUUCCAGUCAUGGACCGUACCAUGUCUGUACAUUGCGGGAAAGUAUAUCCGCAUGAUCGCCAUGAAGGCGGACAGCGAAGGCAAGCCCAAGGACACUAAUGGAGGUGCGUUUGCGAACGGCUUCUCCGACGACAUCAUGUCCGAGACGAACAAGCAUGAGAAGCUUGAGCAGGCGGCUUGGACCAUCAAUCGCAUGUUCACAGUAUGUCUGAGUGACCGAGCCGAACUAGUCGAGUCGCGCAAAUGGGGCAUCUACAGCACCACAAAUCUGUUGUUCAAGACAUACUUCAAGCUCAACUCCAUUUCUCUGACCCGAAACGUCAUUCGCGCCUUGGAAGCCGCCUCGGCCGAUUUGCCUCCUCUGGAGCUCUUUCCCAAAUCCCACCGCUGCACAUUCAAGUACUACAGGGGAGUCAUCGACUUCCUUCAAGAAAACUACACUGAAGCGGAGCAGCAUCUGACCGAGGCCCUGACUCUAUGCCACAAAGAUUCACUGAAGAAUCGGGAACAGAUCCUCACCUACCUCAUCCCAGCUCAUGUGAUCAACCACCAUCAGCUGCCCCGCCGUACCCUCCUGUCUCCGCACCCGACUCUUUCCGGAAUACUGACGCCUUUGUUUGAUGCCAUCCGGAAAGGCUCACUGGCUGGCUUUGAAGAGGCGCUGACAUCUGCCGAACCUGAAUUGGUCAAGCGUCGCAUAUACCUCACGCUUGAGCGAACGCGGGAUCUGUGUCUACGCAACCUAUUUCGCAAGGUCUUUUUGGCCGCAGGCUGGGAAGACACAAAGGACCCGACGACCGGUGAAGUGACGGGUAAGAUACGUCGCACGAGGAUCAGGGUCGAGGAGUUCGAAGCUGGCAUGCGCGUGGGCUACAAAGGGGCCACUGAUGUCAUCAUCGAGAGAGACGAGGUGGAAUGUUUCCUGGCAAACAUAAUUUAUAAGAAUUUGAUGAAAGGCUACAUCGCACGUGACAGAGGUAUUGUCGUACUUAGCAAGGCUGGCGCUUUUCCUGGCACAGGUGUCUAA